UGUGAGACGCGCCGAUAAGCCACUAAUAAUAAAAGAAGAAGAACUUGUUUUGUUGGGCUAUUUAUCUACAGUAACAUAACUUUUAUUUUUAUAGAACUGUACCGCUGUUGAAACCUUUAGUUUGUCUCUUUACCAGUACUCUUUAUUUUUAAAAGAAUGAGUAACCGCAGUGAACUUACUAGGUUUUUUAAUUGUUACAUUUUACGUGAUAACAAAAUAAUAAGGGAAGAUUUGUGGAUGCGUGAUGGUAAAAUUGAAAAUCCGGAACACAUUUUUUAUGUAGAACAAUUAAAACCAACACGAAACAUAAAUUGUAACAAUGUAUUGAUUGCACCAGGGUUCAUCGAUAUUCAAAUUAAUGGUGGCUGGGGAAUUGAUUUCUCAUAUGACUGUGAUAAUGUAGAAAAAGGAAUAGAAAAAGUAGCCACAGAACUUCUAGCUCAUGGGGUAACCUCAUUCUGUCCGACAAUGGUGACAUCAUCAAAAGAAAAAUAUGCAAAAAUAUUACCAAAGAUAAAAAAAUCACAAGGAGGCAGACAUGGAGCCACAGUUCUUGGUGUGCACCUCGAAGGUCCAUUCAUUAGCUUAGCUAAAAAAGGUGCACAUCUUGAUGAAUACAUUCGUACACCUGACAAGGGUCUAGAAUCAAUUGCAGAAGUAUAUGGAUCACUAGAUAAUGUGGUAAUAGUAACUUUAGCUCCAGAAUUACCAGGUGCCACAAAAGCUAUCAAAGAGCUAACAGACUUGGGAAUCAAAGUUGCUCUAGGUCAUUCCACAGCCAGUCUAGCGCAGGGCGAAGAAGCUGUUAAGAAUGGAGCUAAUUUAAUCACUCAUUUGUUCAAUGCAAUGCUCCCCUUUCACCACCGGGAUCCUGGUUUGGUAGGUCUGUUGGCUUCAACUACCAAAAGACAAGUGCACUAUGGCAUCAUAUCUGACGGACUCCACACACAUCCAGCAGCACUUAGAAUAGCUUGUAGAACAAACCCUGAAGGCCUAAUAUUAGUGAGUGAUGCAGUUGCAGCACAAGGCUUACAAGAUGGAAAGUACCGUAUAGGACCUCAGUCAGUGACAGUGAAAGAUGGAUGUGCUUAUGUCACUGGAACAGAUACACUCUGUGGCAGCACUGCAGGACUAGACGAUUGCGUCAUCAACUUCAAACAGUCUAUAGAUUGCUCAUUAGAAUAUGCUUUACAAGUAGCGUCACUGCAUCCAGCUCAAGCUUUGGGCAUUGAUAAUAAAAAGGGCAAAUUGAAUUACGGCUAUGACGCAGAUUUGGUUUUUCUACAUUUGGAAACAUUAAAAGUUCAAUCUACUUGGAUAGCCGGCGAAUGCGUUUACAGCAUUAGCUAACAAUAUGCAAGUUCAAUAUUCCAAUUAUAUAUAGGUAUUAAUUCUAAUGACAAAUGUAUGUAUUUUAUCUUUAAGACAAAAUUAAUAU